AAGAGUAUUCGUUCUACUCGUAGAAAUCAUAAACCCUAACGUCCCCGAUUGAUUCGCAUCAGCUUUGUUCAUUCGAUUUGUUUAAUGCAUGAGAUGAAAGAUGAAGAACUAGGUUAGCGGAGAUUGAGUAUGAUUUUACAUAUCUGUUGUUUUAAAUGAUGGCCACGGGAAUUUUGUAUUACGUACAACGUUUAUGGCCGUUUGCGACGUCUAGAGAUGAUGAUUUGCGAGUAUCUGAUGGAUUGGUGAGGGGAUUGGAGAUACCAGAUGAGACGAAGAGGUUUGUGUUUGCGAUUCGGGAACCGGAAUCACAGGCGGUGAUAUAUAUACUCUGUGCUCAGAAUUUAUCUGAGAGAUCGGCUGUGGAUGCUGAACGUUUGGUUAGAUGUGUUAGGCCAGGAGCAGUUGUGGCUCAAGUGAAUGAUGCUGAGUUCGAUGAUGUUCAAUUGUUAGGUGAUAAUGGUGGUGAUGGUGAACAUUCGAUUCCGACUUCUUCAUUGGAAGUACUUAUGAGGUGUUUUCUUCAUAAGAUUGGUAAAGACAAGUAUGAAGAUGUGGCUGGGAGUUUGGUUUUGAAGGAGAUUUUCGGUGUUGGAUUUAAUGGUCAUUUUUUGGCUGCGAAAAGGAUGGCUGAAGAAGUUGGUUCUUCAUUUUUGCUGCUUGAAUCUCCUUUUGUGAAACUGGAAAGCCAAAGCGAUCCGUCAAGUGAGAUUGAGUCGGGUAACAAUUUUCAAGGUUUUGGUUUACAGCCUAGUAACUUGAUGCCACAGAAAGUGGGUUCUAUGGUUUCAUCAAGUACGAGUAGAUAUCUUAUUUCUGAUGAUCAUGUUCGUUCUCAGAUGUUGAAGUCAUUAUGCUCUCAUUUGGUUCAAUUAAGUUCUGAUCAGAAUAUGGGUCCUGUAAAUAUUCAGCCAAAAGAUGAUUAUGAGGUCCCACAGUAUGCUCGUUCUGUUUAUCCCUUACUUGAAGAUUUGCGUAACAUAUUUGUAGAAAUACCUGCAAUCGAAAGGGCUCUAGGUUAUGCCCAGAAGAUGCUUCAUGAUGUGAGCAAGGGAGACACUAUUGACACUCGACUUCUCUCGGAAAUAUAUGCAUUUCGAGUUGCGGUUGAGGGCUUAAGGAUUGCUCUUAACAAUGCUGGUCGGAUGCCUAUCAGCAAAACUGGAAAUCGUCAAUCACCUAAAAUGGAGUUUUCUUCUCUCCCUCAUGAAGAGCAGUCACAUGCUCUUCUUGCACAUGCGCUUCGUAGUCAGACAAAGAACUUCAAGUCUGUAGUGGCAAUUAUAGAUGCCAGCACCUUAGCCGGUCUAAGGAAACACUGGAACACUGCAGUUCCUCCAGAGGUCAAGAACACAGUCGAAGAGCUGAUCGAUGAGACUGGAAAGGACGGGGAAACCACCAAUCAGAGUGACAAAAAACGAAGAUUAACAAAUAAACCGGUAGUAGCGGUUGGGGCAGGAGCAACAGCAGUAUUAGGAGCUUCAUCUCUUUCUAAAGUUGUUCCAGCAUCAACCUUUAUAAAAGUGGUUACUUUUAAAGUUCCAGCUUCUCUUAAACUGAUAAUGACACAGACCCAAAAGCUCGUUUCUAUAUCGAUUAGCAAGUUUCUUGGUCCAUCUAAAGUCAUAGCCCCUAGCAUGUUCAAUUCUGGACUAAAUACUACAUCUUCCAUGAAGGCAGCUGCUUCUGCAGAGAAGAUUAGAACUGUAGUUCACAGUGUAAUAGCAUCUGCUGAAAAGACGAGUCUUUCAGCUAUGAGAUCAGCUUUCUAUGAAAUAAUGAGGAAACGGCGGGUUCGUCCAAUUGGGGUGCUUCCAUGGGUUACUUUUGGGUGCAGUGUGGCUACUUGCACAAGCUUGCUGGUAUAUGGUGAUGGUAUUGAAUGUGCCAUUGAAUCUCUUCCUGCAGCACCCUCAAUUGCUUGUUUGGGUCGUGGGAUUGAAAGCUUACACCAAGCAUCACAAGCAGUGGAACAAACAGAAAGCUCCAGGAUACAAAAAUCUAUAGAGUCCCUUGUAAGCAGGUUUAAAAAAUGGAAGCUUGCCCCAUGAUGUAAGAAUUCAUCUUUUUCAUUCAUUAUAUAAAGCCAUGCAUUUUUAUAUGACAGUGGUGAUUUCUUGUGUGGAAGGGAGUUUAUAAUAGCUGCUGCUUCAUUCUGAUAAAUGCCUUUGUACAUUGCUUGAAUUGGUUUUUGUUAGCUUGUGAACAUAUAGAGAUAUUUGUUUCAGUAAUGCAAAGAACUUUACUUGAGAGAGAUUUGUUAUCUGAUGCCUUUGAAACCUUGAACCACCUUCUAAUCUUUUAUGGUGUGCAAUUUGCUUAAAUACAAGCUACAAAUAAUUUUGUGAUAUUUGAAGCAGGGAUAAAUUAAUUCAUUCCAAACUGUUUCCCUAAUCCUAUUGAUGAGCACAUGUAAAAGCACAGGUACACAGAUUUAGUAUGAAAAAGAACCAGAUUAGUUUAUUUAUAUAUAGGUUCUAGCUCAUGGAUGGACAUGUCUUAACAUUUUGUAGUCACUUGGAUCAAAUUAGACCAUUAACG